UUAUCCAAGUGCUGCGCUUUACCGCGACAUCCGUCUACAACAAGAUCACACCUACAACCAGCGGCUAGCCUCGAUGAAUACGAGACAGAAUUCGACGGAGCUUACCUGUACUCUUUUCGUCUCUCCACAUGGCGGUUUCUUGAAGAUCCACAGUCUUCGCUCCCUGCGGCAGUAUUCGGUGUACUUUCCGUGCUUUUCGUCUUCGCAAGCGUGUUUGGUGGGCAAAGUUUGAUUUUGGGAUCAAUGCCUGAAUUUCAAGAAGAUGCCAGCAAUGCUUCGGCCUACCACUACAUGCACGUCAAAACUAGCGAGACAGCUAUUGUUCUAACGGAAAAUGUCGAGAAGUUAUUGUUAGCGUUAGAGAAGCAGUAA